CCCACUGUGUUCCCAGUGUCCAGAGCAGUGCCUGGUAAAUAGUAUGUGCUCAUUCAACAACUAUUUGUGGCGUGAAUAAAUCAAAACAGAAGAAGGAGCAUUAGUACAGAGGCUACUGCGGUCAUCCCUGCAGGGAAUGGUGUCUUGGAGAUGGAGAACGGAGAUGGGAAGAAGUGGGGACGUUCAAGAUGUGUUUUGGAACUAGAAGUGACCGGAGUUGCUGAUGAGUUGAAGGCAAAGGGAUAGGACAAUGCUCCAAAGCAUCGGACGCAGCAAACGACACAGCCCUAGGAGGGCUCAGAAUUCUCCAUCCUGACAAGGCCACAAAGGGACAGACUUAGAUCUUCUCCAGCCAAGGCCAGCAGCAAGAUAUCCUUCACCGUCCGUCUCUGAGAACUCUAUCUCUCAUACUGAGGACACAGGAUUCCUGAGCUUGAAGAUUUCGUGGACUGUUGAAGAAAAGAAACCAGUUACAACCACGGAACGGCGAGCGUGAUGCAGGAGAAAGAAGGCUCUGGGAAGGAAGUGAUCACCCGAGUCUGAGGCUAGUGAUAGGUCAGGAUGAGAUCUGAGAACUGACCGAUGGGUUGAGCGCCGUGGAGGCCAUGGGUGAACUUGUCAAGGGCAGUUCCACGGAAUGGUGGCAUCUGAAGUACGGAGUCGGGGAGGGCAGCAUGGGAGGUGAACGCAUGGAGUGCAGAUGGCUCUUCCAGGAGUUUUGCUGUGCAGCAAUAAACACCAAUGUGUGCCUCGGAGCACCCCACUGCUCAGAGAAGUCCCCGGGGCUGGAGCCAGGAGAGGAAGCAGCAUGGUGGAGUUGGCACCCUUGUCCGUGCCCUGGGAGCGCAGGAGGCAGACCCUCGCAGUCCUGCAGUGGAUCUCCUUCUUGGUCUUGGGCCAGAUCAGCCUUGUGGUCUUCAUAGGCCUCCUGUUCACGAGAUUCUGGUUCUUCAGUAUCCUGUACUCAAUCUGGUGGUACCUGGACCGAGAUAAGCCACAGCAGGGGGGCAGGUGCAGCAAGGCCUUACAGAGCUGGGUCAUGUGGAAACACAUGAGGGACCAUUUCCCCAUCUCGCUGGUCAAGACCGCUGAGCUGGACCCCUCCCGGAACUACCUUGCUGGCUUCCACCCCCAAGGGAUCAUGGCCCCUGGAGCCUUUGUCAACCUGUGCACGGAGAGCACCGGCUUCUCUUCGCUCUUCCCCGGCAUCCACCCUCAUCUGAUUAUGCUGCCCUUUUGGUUCCGGGUCCCCUUCUUCAGGGAGUACCUCAUGAUGGGGGGGCUGGUCACAUCGGACAAGGAGAGCAUUGCUCAUAUUCUGAACCGGAAGGGCGGUGGCAACCCGGUGGCUAUCAUUAUAGGAGGCGCCCAGGAGGCACUGAAUGCCAGGCCUGGAGCCUACACCCUAUUGCUGCGGAACCGCAAGGGCUUCAUCAAGCUCGCCCUGCUGCACGGGGCUGCUCUGGUGCCGAUGUUCUCCUUUGGGGAGAAUGACCUAUUUGACCAGGUUGAGAACUCACCCAGCUCCUGGUUGCGCUGGAUCCAGGACAAGCUGCAGAAGACGACGAGUUUCUCCUUCCCACUCUUCCACGGCCGUGGCAUCUUCCAGUACAGCUUCGGUUUUAUUCCCUACCGCCAGCCCAUCACCACCGUAGUGGGGAAGCCCAUUGCAGUGCAGAAGACCCUGAACCCCUCGCAGGAGGAGGUGGACCAGCUGCACCAGCGCUACAUCAAGGAACUGUGCGACCUCUUCGAAGCCCACAAGCUCAAGUACAAUGUCCCCAUCGACCAACACUUGGAUUUCUGCUGAGCGCCUCCCCAGAGAACAGGCUGGCGUUAGGGAGCCCCGUGGGCAGUGCCGUGAUCUGAGAAGGCUUCCUGGAGGUGUCUGUUGAGCAUAUCUCCAGUCCUUCCCAGACUCCUGCAAAGCCAACGCAUGCCAGGCCCCAAGUCACGGCUGGCAACGUGGCCGAGGAGACCAGACUCCAGCGCCGGCGCCUUGCAGCCCUGCUGGGAAACCUCUGACAGGGCCUGUCUCCUCGGUCUGCUCAUCUGUGAAAUGGGAGAGAGGGCUGCAAGAGAAUGGUUUCUGAGGUCUCUGUCCUCUGUUGUAAUGGCACUCAAUGGGCAGGAAAAAAAGAGCAGCAACCAAUUACCAGAUUUUUCUUCCUCUACCUUGAGUGACAGCAUGGGAGCAGCCAGCAGCUCCAGCCCUUUCUCCUACAAGUGCCCUCAUCGUGCGCCCUGGAGACCCAGCUCCUCCCUGCCUGAGCUGGAGAGGAGGGCGCGGCCACGGAGGCCCUGUAGUCACCCUAGGCAGCUUUGAGUUUCUGGGUCCUCUGGGCUCUGGAGUGGCAGCCAGAGGGGCCUGGAAGGUGGGGAAGCGGAAAUGCACUCUGUCACUGGCUGUAGGACCGUGAGCGGGGCCUCUUGGCCCUCCCUCUGCAGCUCAGUUUCCCCAACAAAGAUGACCUCUGAGUCUCGGCUCUGACAUCUCAGGCCGAGAGCUCAGGAGGUCACCUCUUACUCGUCAUUUGUAACUUCAGCCCCUGACCCUGGCACAGAAAGGGGGCUCCAUAAAUGUCAGUUCAAUAAAUGAAAGGAUUCUA